CUCUAAAGUUAGUGACUUUUUGGCUUUGCGAUAGUAACAUAAUUGCAUUUUAGAGCUAUUAAUUACAACAUCAAUCUUGAAUCUUGUUCUUGUUUUGUAUAUUGUGCAUGGUUCAAGAACAAGAUUCCUUUCUUGUUCCUUUUUUUUCUUCUUCCUUUCUUUUAUAAACUUCUUCGAUACGUAUAUAACUUACUAUGUACAUGUUCCCUACAAUACAUGUUGCGCCUGUGUCUUAGUAGACCCUUCAGUCCAAAUAUUGAAUCCUUUCGCGAGAGAGACCAGGACUCUAAGCAUUAUUCAUCCACGACCAUAAAAAUGCCCUGUCAACCUCAUGUCGAUCGAAGCCCUCUGCUAGCUACAUUCACGAUACCGACUUACUUGCGAUCAUGUCCACGCCAUUCAUAUGUCGCAAAUGUAUAACCCGACUUGCUCAGUCCCGUAUGGGCUAUAUAGGACGACUGAAACCGAAGCGCCUAAAACUACACACUCAAGCGACAUCAACGUCGGUACCACCACCAACUUGGACAAUUUUAGAAGAGGAACAGAGGCGGGAGUCUAUAAACCAGCAAAAGCCUACCACUGGUCAUGAAAUCCCUGUGGCCAGACCCAAUCAAGUACCCGGUUGGCAAGAAGUUCAAGUUCAAGAGGAAUCGGUAGCAGAACGAGGAGUGGCACAGGAGAAGCGUAAAAGAAGGGGCAGAAAACGACGAAGACCAGUCCCUACGCCGCUAGCUUCAUCUUCACAAGAGUUAAAGGCGAAGAUAUUAAAAGCAAACGGAAAUUAUCGCAUUGUCUUCGACGACCUCGAACAUAUAUAUCAAUUGUCGCGGGAAGAAACCCGUCAUACAGUUGGCCAACUGAAAAGGCUGCUCCGGGAAGCAUGGGAAUCAAAUUCCCUGGAAAGGGCAGAAGCGCAACUUGAUUUGUUCCAUGACUGGAAGAAUCAUUUCAAGUUCUUAAAACAGACAAUCAGCCUUGCUUCUGCCAAGCUAUCUUUCAAACUAUCUGCCAGGCUACCUAAUGCGGAUUUUUGGAUGACUGUGUCGAAGCAAGGUUUGGAGACUAUGAGGGAUACAUGGCACAGAUCGAGCCAGGAGAAGCGCGAGUCCUUAUGGCCACGUGUAGUAAUGGCCGCAUUCCAAAGCCACCUCAACUGGGUGCCAGUUUCCUUUUUAUCAACGUUUCAAUCUACAUCGUGCCCAAGCUACAUCGUCGAGGAUUCGGUUUACCUCCUUUUCCGAAUGCUGGAUGACGAUAAGAUCGCCAAGGGCAACCAUCAACAACUUGUCGAGCUCGUCAUGUUCCUCCUUGAGAAUUGUCCUCCAGGUUAUAUGGUUCUAGAGCAGAUGGUGAUCCGGAGGGUUAUGUCAUUGAUAUCAACUCGUCAGCUGCUUGGGCUUCAUGAAGCUCUUGAAAAGAUCGAACAUCCGCUUAGCUCCAAUACACUUCUCCAUUUUGCAAGUCGGUACGCUCAUACAACAAAAUACAAGGUACAGGCUGCCGAAGUCAUUCAUUCUCUCGCAUCUAGGCUCGGGUUCGAUAUAAACUCACCAGCGGCUGCCAGUGUUUGUACUUCUCUUCUAACCAUAUACGAUAAAGAAAGAUUGCCGAGCGGUCACGCUGCGCCAGACGAGCUUUUCAAGUUGCUGCUAGACUCUGGGUUUCGUCCCAAUCUACUAAACUUAUCUGCCCUGAUGCAAAACUUCUGUGCUCGAGGACAUAUUGAGACCGCGUGGAGUAUAUUUGACCUCUUAAUCAGACGUGGCAUAGAACCCGACAUCAAUGUCUUCUCGAUCCUCUUGAACGGGUCCAAACUCACCCUUGAUAUGGCAUAUUUCGAACGCAUGUUUCAUAUUAUCGAGUCUCGAGGAGCCUGGACUCUAUAUCUAGUUAAUGAUCUUCUGGAUUGGAUAUACCGAUACAAUGAGUCACAGAAGGAGCAUCGGCGGAGGCAGCGAAAACACAUUGAGGCGUUGCGGCUGAUGGCCAGAGUGUAUACCAAAUUCUUCCGCGUGGAACAGCUACAGAAACUCACCUUGUUUCCCUUAGAGAACCUACUUCUUCCGAGAAGAGGUGGUCGACCCAAAAUGCACAUGCUAGAACUUGCUGAACUAGCUGAUACUCUGGUGCAACGACCAGAUGCCCUGCUUAUGAAGCCGGAUACUACCACUUUAUCAAUAAUGUUCAGGGCCAUUUUUCGAGUCCUUAAGGCUCCAAUGCCUAUAAGGUUGUAUUACCGCCAUUUCAUGCGUCUCUUGUACCAGCGCGAUCAUACAUUAGUCAAACUCAUCAAAGAAAAGGGAACUCUAGUCCACGACACCUUUCUACGAGAUAUAUUACAGUUCUCCAGGGCCCUAAAUAAUGGCGUUCAAAUGGUUGAGAAAAUGCAGGCAAACGCAAAAAAGGAGCGAGAAGAGUCUGGGGAGAACAUAAUUCAUCCACCACCGUCAGUCCACACUUAUACAGUAUUGAUGAAUGGCCUGAAAAACCAUAAGCGCACCCAAGCGGUGGUAACAGUGCUAAACAUGAUGAUUAAAGAAGGUCUUACACCCAAUGUCGUUACAUGGAACAUCGUCAUUAGGGCUCUCAUUCAGGACGGUUACCUUGUCCACGCUGUCAGGGUUGUGCGCUUUCUGGAGCAUAUCGGCAUUGAAUCCCAUUCUCGUACAAUUUAUGAAUUUAAUCGUCUGAAUGGAGCGAAAAGAAAACGGGUGGCUACACUAAUUCAGGCUUUACGCAAGGAGACCAUCAACUUCAACGAACCACGACAAUUUGCCGAAUAUCUACUUAGUAUUUGGGAGGCAGAUGGUUCUGAACAGCCGUUUACACAGAAGCGAUACCAAGCUCCAACUUCCCCAUCAAUAAAGGAAGAGGUCCAGAAGAUACGUACAGGCACAACCAAUGAUACAAAUGAAGAACUUCCUAAGCUUAAGCCUAGGUCCAUAAGCGAGGCAGAACAGAAAAUCGUACAGGAGAGUUUAAAAGAACCUUUAGGCAUAGCCUCUGCUACAGGUAGCGAACACGAACCUGGAACCAAUCAGGAGGAGCAAAAGGCACCUUUGGCCCUCGCCUGUAACCCAAAGGAAGAACUCCCCAAGCCUAAGUUUGGGCUCACGGAUCAGUUCAGACCACCCGCUCCGCUGGAGUCGACUCCCCUGGGAUUGAAAGCGCAACCUCCGAAGAAGAUGCCCAUAGGAAAAAUGCCGGUUCUAGACAGGGAACUCUCCAAACUCAAGACCGACGCUGAGAAGUCCGGGGGCCAAUCCAAACAGACGGCUGCAUUCCGAGCACCAGAUCCAAACGCAACUCCCAUAGGAUUAAAACGGGACACGUCGAAGAAACCGCUAGGCAUAGCCCUUGGUGAGAAACCCGAACUCCCGCCUAACCCUAUCCUGGCGAUCCCGAAGCCGAUCGGCCUGUCCCGUGCCCCGGAUAAAGUGGUGCUCCCUUGGGUUCGCAAGGGGGGUACGGGUAUUGGUGGGUAGAUGAGAUGGGUCAUCGGGUGGGUUAUAUAAAUACCAUAUAGACGGGAGAGAGAAAGUGGUUUUCCCCUCGAGUUGUUAGACGUAGAGGUAGCGGAUCUAACUGGCUGGGAAUGUGUACCUGUAUAUACCGUGUAUAGUAUCUAAACAAAUACUACGUACAAAUAUAUUCAAGCGAUAGCUCCG